CCGGGAGGAGGAGGCUGCGGCGGCCAGCUCUGAGGAAAAGCUGCAGCCGCCGCCACCGCCGAAGGAGAAUCCCUGGACCAGAAAGCCUCCCCAGCACCUGUCCCCCGCCGGGACGGGGCCGCUGCCGUUGCCCCCACUGGAAACCUUGGAGGCAGGUUAACAGUGAAACAGGGAAAAUUCAAGCGUGUUUACAGGGUUGUGAGGAUCAAAUGAGACUAAGGAAUGGUCAAAUAUAAGAGCUCAGUUCCCCCAAAAUUAUAAAAGCAGGAAAACUCAAGACAAAGAAAUCCAAUAAGGCUAGUGAUUUCAGCGAUAUGGCAGAUUGGCCAACACCAAGUGAAUUAGUGCACACUGAAUGUCAGAGUGUCAUCAGUCAAGGAAAUAAGAAGCCACAAAAUAGAAAAGAAAGAGAAGACAAGGUUGAAAAGAGAAGUGUUAACAAUGAAAGCAGAGAAAACCGAGAAACAAAAUUAGAUGGUCCUGGUGAAAAUGUCAGUGAGGAUGAGGCUCAGUUAAGUAACCAACGAAAAAGAGCUAAUAAGCACAGAUGGGUACCACUCCACUUAGAAGAUGUAAGACCAGAGAGUCAAGAAAGACCAGGGUCCCGGAAUAGCUCAAGAUGUCAGUCUGAAGCAAAUAAAUCAUCACAUAACAAUAGGAGAAAUGACACACGAAGUUGGAGGCGUGAAAGAGAAAAGAGAGAAGAUCAAGAUGAAGUUUCCAGUGUGAGAAGUGAGGGUGGUAAUAUCCGAGGCUCCUUUAGAGGCCGAGGAAGAGGCCGAGGACGAGGAAGAGGCCGGGGCAGAGGAAAUCCUCAAUUGAACUUUGAUUAUUCAUAUGGUUAUCGAGAACAUGGUGAAAGGACUGAUCAACCAUUUCAAACAGAACUUAAUACCAGUAUGAUGUAUUACUAUGAUGAUGGUACAGGCGUACAGGUGUAUCCUGUGGAAGAAGCAUUGCUUAAAGAGUAUAUUAAGCGCCAAAUUGAGUAUUACUUCAGUAUAGAAAAUUUGGAACGGGAUUUCUUUCUUAGGAGAAAGAUGGACGAGCAAGGUUUCUUGCCUAUUUCCCUGAUUGCUGGUUUCCACCGUGUUCAGGCUCUCACUACAAACCUUAAUCUCAUUUUGGAGGCACUGAAAGAUAGCACAGAAGUGGAAAUCGUGGAUGAGAAAAUGAGAAAAAAGGUAGAACCAGAAAAAUGGCCGAUUCCGGGCCCUCCUCCACGGAGUGUGCCACAAACAGACUUCUCUCGACUGAUUGAUUGCCCAGAGUUCGUACCAGGGCAAGCCUUUGGUUCACAUACAGAGUCUGCCCCAAAUUCUCCAAGAAUUGGAAGUCCACUGAUCCCAAAGAAAAAUGCAGAAACAAGUAAUCUUCAAGGAAUGUCUAGAGGUUUAUCUACCAGUUUGCCCAACUUGGAUUCAGAACCUUGGAUAGAAGUAAAAAAGAGACAUCAUCCAUCCCCAGUGAAACUGAAGGAACCACCAUCUCUUCCUGAAGAGGCAUCAAAUCAACUAUAUCUUCCAGAUGAACAAGAACAAGAAGAACUUGAUUUUUUCUUUGAUGAAGAGAUGGAACAAAUAGAAGGUCAAAAAAACACAUUUACUGAUUGGUCUGAUAAUGAUUCAGAUUAUGAAAUUGAUGAUCAAGAUUUAAAUAAGAUUUUGAUUGUAAUUCAGACACCUCCUUACAUGAGAAAACAUCCUGGAGGAGAUCGAACAGGCAGCCACAUGUCUCAAGCAAAAAUUACAUCUGAACUUGCUAAAGUUAUCAACGAUGGUUUAUAUUAUUAUGAGCAGGAUCUGUGGAUGGAAGAAGAUGAAAACAAACACACAGCCAUAAAGCAAGAAGUUGAGAACUUUAAGAAGCUAAAUCUCAUUAGUAAAGAGCAGUUUGAAAACCUAACACCUGAGCUUCCUUUUGAGCCAAACCAAGAAGUUCCUGUAGCAGCUUCACAGUCCAGGCAAGUUUUUUUUUUUGCAGAUUUGACUGAUGAAUUAGCUCAGAAGCUGUUUGAUGUUUCAGAAGUAUCUUCAGCAACAAUGGCCCGUUCAUUGCCCACAGCAGUUCCAGAAUCUCCCAGAAUUUACCCUGCAAGGGCACCCAAGACACUGCGAACACCUCGAUUACAAGAUCCAAACAAAACACCAAGAUUUUAUCCUGUUAAAGAGCCCAAAGCCAUUGAUGUAAAGAGUCCAAGAAAGAGAAAAACAAGACAUAGUACAAAUCCCCCUCUAGAGUGUCAUGUUGGUUGGGUAAUGGACUCCAGAGAUCACGAGCCAAGAACAUCCUCUGUCAGCAGUUCAAAUGCUUCGCCUUCAGAAGGUGCACCACUAACAGGAAGUUAUGGAUGUACUCCUCAUUCAUUCCCAAAGUUCCAGCACCCUUCUCAUGAACUUUUGAAGGAAAACGGCUUUACCCAACAAGUGUACCACAAGUACCGUAGAAGAUGCCUAAGUGAGAGAAAACGCUUGGGAAUUGGCCAGUCCCAAGAAAUGAAUACCCUCUUUCGUUUCUGGUCCUUUUUCCUCAGAGAUCACUUCAAUAAAAAAAUGUAUGAGGAAUUUAGACAACUUGCUUGGGAAGAUGCAAAAGAAAAUUACAGGUAUGGAUUAGAAUGUCUGUUCAGGUUUUAUAGUUAUGGACUGGAAAAGAAAUUCAGACAAGAAAUUUUUAAGGAUUUCCAAGAAGAAACCAAGAAAGACUACGAAUCUGGUCAGCUGUAUGGAUUAGAAAAGUUUUGGGCUUAUCUAAAAUAUUCUCAAUCUAAGACACAAUCUAUUGACCCCAAACUUCAGGAAUACCUCUGUAGCUUUAAGAAGCUAGAAGACUUCCGUGUUGAUCCCCCUAUUGGUGAGGAGUUUGGAAGAAAAAGACAUUCAUCUACUUCUGGUGAGGAAAGUAAUCGUCAUAGACUUCCAUCUAAUUUCUCUACAAAGCCACCAAGUGCUGCUAAGCCUACACCUGCUAAUCAGCUUCAAGUUCCAAUAAAUUCUCCCAGAAGGAACACUUCACAGGAGUCCAGUGACAAUCCACACCAGAACAAUGCUGCCUCAGUCCCAACAAAUGGUGAACUGCCUGAGAAAUAGACUCUUAACAAAAGUUGUUUACCCUUGAAAUCAACAUUUACAUCAGUAUUUAUUUGGGAAAAUCCUCUGAUGUUUAAUUGUGAUAAUCAGAAAAAAGAAAAAGGAAGAAAAAUGGUAGCAUUUUUUUCUAGCAGGAUAAAUUCUAAAAAUGUUGCCUUGAUUUCACCAAGGAUAGUUUUGGUAACCUUUUACAGAGAUCCUCUAGUAAUAUAUUUUAGUCUCAGUAUUUCUUUUUUAAAGCCAUUGUUUACAAGAACAGCCUUCCUUAAAUAUAUAUAAAAACAUCACAAGGAAUGCCUAACAUUACAGCUCAUACUUCUUAAAGAAGAUAUAGUAUGUUGUAUUCAUCUCUUCUGUAGAGUUCUCUUAAAGAAUCCAGUUACCUCAUUAUCAAUUCAUAUUUGAACUUAUCAAAAACAAAGGAAGAUUUCGUAUAUAUUUUUUAAAUUCAGAAAAAGAAUGUGAAAUACCACCUUUGCUUUUCUUUUAGAUGUAUGGUUUAAAUUUUUUUUUUUUUUUUUACAAAGGGAGAGAUAUAUUCCAGUUAUAUUAAAGUAUAUGCACCUUGGAUGUUGGGUUUUGCUUCCCCUCCCCCACCAAGUCAUACUUCAUGACUUCCAUAGUUAUUGUUGUGUUGAUGUGGAGUGUUCUGAAUUGACAUCAGUCAAUUACAUACUAGGAUGGAUUUACUUUUUGUGACUAUAUAAACCUGCACAAGUAAUUGAAGUUGGAGUUGGGAUUGGUUGGAAUACUGUCCUAAGUUAAUUAAAUCUUGCCCUGUUUUGAAUGUAUUUGCUCUUUGUACAUCUACAGGUCUAUGUGUCACAAGUAGUCAGAUUAUCCUCAGUUUAAAAGGAGUACCUAGUUUUUCCUUUUUUGUGUCUUUUAGUUUUGUUUUAUGCUUAUAAGUGUUUUCAAAAACAAAUUUACUUCUAAUUUUUAUUACUGUUGCAACUGAUGUAAAUGACAGUUUUAGUUUUGUGGGAAUUAAAAUAAAGCACUUAUUUUAAAUUAUUUGAAUUGAAUUUUAAUUAUUUUUGUUUAGAAUAUAAUUGAAAAGCUGUAAUUUUCAAAUUCUAGUAGAAGACCAUUGUAUUUUGUGAAUGAAGUUUCAGUGUUAAACUUACAUCCAUUUUUAUUUAACAUAUAUUUUCCUGUAUUGUGAAGAAGCAGCUAGUUUAAUACACUAAAUUAAUUUAUUAUUUUCUCUUUGAUGUCUUGUUCUUAUAGAAUGACAAUAUUGAAAUACAUAUUUUCUUUGGAUAAAUGGACUAGCCUUUAAUAAAUAAGAGAUUUUCAUUACUUUAUUUCCUAUGAAUAAGUGAUAAUCUGCAAUUGUAUAAUAUUUAAUAUUUGGGAAGUCAUUUUGAUACAUUACUUCUAAGAAACUGUCAAAUUUGAAUAUUUCAGAAAAUCUACUUAGAUUUUGGGAAGAGAAUCAAAAGUAAAACAAAUAGAUUUAGAUAAUAUAUUUGAAAAUGUUUUCUUACAUGCAUAUGUAGUUCUGGCUUUUCAGUGAGGACUUUCCAAACCAUGCUUAUUAGCUUUAAGUACUCUCUUGAACUGAUCUAAAAAUCUUUCUCAAUAUCCUUUUUGUGUUGAACACUUACAUCUGAAACCUGUAUUUAAUGUUAAGAUUACUUCCACUCACCUAAAUAUGCAAAUGUGUAUUUGAAAUUUGUAGAUGAAAAUUUUAUAUUUUAUGUGAAAAUACAAUGAUCAAGAGUUUUGUGAUGUGUAAUAAA